AUGGAAGAAAAGCUUAUCAAAGUCAGCCUCAAAAGAAAAUACACAUCUUUCGUCUACCAAGCCAAGGAAAUCUUAAAAGAACAGAGUCAAGUUGAACUCCAUGGCUUGGGUGAGGCUACUGCUAACACUAUCAGGGCCGCUGAAAUGUUAUGCUCAUUAGGAUAUGCAACUUUGGAAAAAUUCGAGACUGUAAGCGUAUCUGAAGAAGAUCACGGUGGAGUCAGCAGAAGCAGAGCUAAAGCCAUUAUUGUCUUAAACAAAGCACCAACUUUCGAUAAGGCAUAUGCGGAGUUUGAAAGCAAUAAGACCACCAAGAAAGAAUAA